CACUGGCUUGUUGUUUACACUUCGGCGGACUACACAGUCCACAUUUUUAGUGAAGAAACUCUGAAAUCAGACAACCAGCAUUUGUGCUCAAUUGAGAAAUCUGUAUCGAACUGAUUAAAUUUUCUUCUCACAAGACAGUCAUUCAUGGGUUGCUGGGUGCUGGGUCAUUUGUGAUCUCACACUAUACUGCCUCUGCACAGUUUAUAUUUAUUUUAAACCACUGAUGUGCAAUACUACAAGACAUACUACAGAUGAACAGACUUCAACAUAUCAGGGGUCAUCUGCUAGCAGAUAAGAUUAUUCUUCUGCAAAACAAAAAGUUUCUGCUUUUGAACUGACAGGAAAUCAAUCCUGGGCCCAUAUUAUGUAAUCAAUGUUAAGAAAUUUGAAAUGAAUAUGAACAUAGCCACUACCCCACCAAGCCCUCUCACAACUCAUGUGCUGAAUACAGCCCAAGGAGUUCCUGGAGUCAACAUGACCAUUAGCCUGCAUCGCCUUAACCCCAUUUCAUCAGAGUGGUACCUACUCACAACAGGGAAAACUAAUGAUGAUGGACGGUGUCCUGGGUUAAUCACAAAGGAAAACUUUAUUGCUGGUGUGUAUAAAAUGUGUUUUGAGACUGGAAAAUACUGGGAUGCCUUGGGGGAGACAUGCUUCUAUCCAUAUGUUGAGGUCAUCUUCACCAUUAGUGAUUCUUCACAGAAGUACCAUGUUCCUCUGCUUCUGAGCCGUUUCUCUUACAGUACAUAUAGAGGAAGUUAGAUGUAAAGUUCAUGCAUCUUUCAGUGCCUGUGCACUGAGAAAAUUAAGAAAAUUUUUCUCUACGGUUGUAACACUUAAUAAUAGUGUUCAGUUUUUGUUGAAAAUUAGUUAAUUGUUUGCUAAACAUUAAUAUACAUCUGUAGAUAAUUAAAAUGUGUUAAUGUUACAAAUUUGUUGUCAUCUAAAAAUGUUUUUGUAAAUCUUGAAAUCAUCACAAACCCAUCAUUAAAUACUUAAUUAGUAGAUAUAUUAUGAAUCACUUAUUUAACUUAAAUUGGUAUCUUGAUACACAUUGCUUGAUCAUGAACAAAUAACAACCAAAUCCCUAGUAAAUAUUCAGUAGCCUUUUGAAUUUGUUGAUUAUAAUCAUUGAGUUUUUGUAUGUUACACUGUAACAAAAUGCUGUAAAACUAGCAAAUAAUGUUUCCCAUUAAAACAGUACAUUGCAUUCUGA